AUGGAUGGCCGAGAUUUCGGGCCCCCGCGGUCCGUACACGGCCCCCCGCCGCCGCUGCUGUCCGGCUUGGCUAUGGACAGCCACCGCGUGGGCGCGGCCGCGGCCGGACGCCUGCCCGCCUCCGGCCUGCCUGGCCCGCUGCCGCCCGGGAAGUAUAUGGCCGGCCUCAACCUCCACCCACACCCGGGCGAGGCCUUCCUGGGCAGCUUUGUGGCCGGCGGGAUGGGGCCCUCGGCCUCAGCCCAUGGCAGCCCGGUACCCCUGCCCUCUGACCUCUCCUUCCGCUCCCCCACCCCCAGCAACCUGCCCAUGGUGCAGCUGUGGGCCGCCCAUGCCCAUGAAGGUUUUUCCCACCUGCCCAGUGGGUUGUACCCAUCCUACCUCCACCUGAACCACCUGGAGCCCCCCAGCAGCGGGAGCCCACUUCUCAGCCAGCUGGGCCAGCCCAGCAUUUUCGAUACCCAGAAAGGUCAGGGGGACAGGAUUGGAUGCAUUUGUGGGGGCUGGGGAUAGAGUGAUGGUGGGGACGGUUUUUAUCUGUCUACCCCCGGGGCGCCGGGCGCCCUGCACUCCCACACAUCCUCCUCCAGGACCCCAGGCAGCGCCUCCUCGGGAGCUCCAAACAAAGGCUCAUCGCGGGAAGGGGCCACCAAGGAGCGGGCAGGCCGUGGCGGGGAGCCGCCUCCGCUGUUUGGCAAGAAGGACCCCCGGGCCCGAGAGGAGGCAGUGGCCUCAGGGCCACGCAGCGUCGUGGACCUCACCCAAGAGACCCGGGCCGACGGCCGGCAGGACCGCGGGCCCCCACGCCUUGCCGAGCGCCUGUCGCCUUUCUUGGCGGAACCCGGGCCACCACGGGCCCACGCCGAGGCCAAGAGCAAGGGCGCGCUACAGCCCGGCCUGUGCAACGGAGCGGGGGACCUGUGUACCAAGGAGGCGGUGCGCCAGGACGAGGGCUCGCGACUGCGGCGCGCCGAAGCCCUGCUGCCCGGUUCUUGCCCUUGUCCCUCGCCGCUCCCUCCCGGCAAAGGCCCGCCCGCGACCCCCACCGCCACCGGGGCCUUCUCGGCGCCGCCUCCCCAGCCCGGGCUCGCAGGCGUCUACACCAUCUUCCCAGCGGCGCGGGAGCCAGGCCGGGAGCACCGCGUAGUGGCGCCCACCUUCGUGCCUUCCGUGGAGGCCUGCGACGAGCGCCCAGGGCCCAUCCAAAUAGCGUCCCAGGCGCGCGAUGCACGGGCCCGGGAGCGCGAGGCCGCCCGGCCCGGGGUCCUGCAGCCACCUCCCGGGUCUCCGCGGCCACCACUCGCCGAGCGACCCGAGGUGCUACGCGAAAAGAACUCGGUGAUCCGCUCGCUGAAGCGGCCUCCACCCACCGAGGCCCCACCGGGACGUACACGCGCUUCUCCGGACCUACGGGCCUACCUCCCCACCAAGGAGCUGCCCAAACCUGAGGCCGAGCCACGGGCCUGCGAGCGUGCGCCCCGGGUCCCCGCCAGCGCCGCUCAGCAGGCCGCCAAACUCUUUGGCCUGGAACCUGGGCGACCACCUCCGUCCGGCGCCCCUGAGCACAAGUGGAAACCCUUCGAGCUGGGCCACUUUGCCACCACGCAGAUGGCCGUGCUGGCCGCGCAGCACCACCAGGCCAGCCGUGCUGAAGAGGAGGCCGCUGUGGCCGCUGCCUCCAAGAAGGCAUACCUGGACCCUGGGGGCACGAUGCCCCGCUCUGGGACCUGCGGGAGACCUGGAGCUGACCUGCAUCCAGUGGCCCACGGACCCGGUGAGGCUUCAGCCAUGCAGAGCCUCAUCAAAUAUAGCGGCAGCUUCCCUCGUGAGGCCGUGGCCGUCCGCCCAGGCGGCUGCGGCAAGAAGAGCCCAUUUGGAGGCCUGGGUACCAUGAAACCUGAACCAGCCCCAACCACCGGUGGAGCCCCACGCGCUCAGGGCCGCCUCCAGCAGCACUCCGGAGGUUCCUCAGCGGGCAGCGGGCGGCAACUGAAGCGGGACCCUGAGAGGCCCGAGAGUGCCAAGGCCUUUGGACGAGAGGGCUCAGGCACACAGGGUGAGGCAGAGGUGCGACACCCGCCUGUUGGCAUCGCAGUGGCUGUGGCCCGACAGAAGGACAGUGGAGGGAGUGGCCGACUAGGACCCGGUCUUGGGGACCAGGAGCGGUCUCUAUCCCUGAACAACGUCAAAGGGCAUGGGCGAGCUGAGGAGGGCUGUGCGGAGGAGCGUGGCCGGCACCGGGAGGAGCGGCUGCUGGACGGACGGCUGGACCGGGACCAGGAGAAGCUGCUCAGAGAAAGCAAGGAACUGGCAGACCUGGCCCGCCUACACCCCACCAGCUGUGCGGCCAAUGGUCUAAACCCCAACCUCAUGGUCACUGGGGGCCCCGCACUGCCUGGCUCUGGCCGCUGGUCUGCCGACCCCGCAGCCCACCUGGCCACGCACCCCUGGCUGCCUCGUUCGGGCAGCACGUCCAUGUGGCUCGCUGGGCACCCGUACGGCUUGGGGCCCCCCUCUCUUCACCAGGGCAUGGCGCCCGCCUUCCCCCCUGGCCUGGGGGGCUCUCUACCUUCAGCCUACCAGUUUGUCAGAGACCCCCAGUCAGGCCAGCUGGUGGUCAUUCCCAGUGAUCACCUGCCUCAUUUUGCGGAGCUGAUGGAGCGGGCCGCCGGGCCCCCACUCUGGCCUGCCCUGUACCCGCCGGGCCGCAGCCCCCUGCACCACGCCCAGCAGCUACAGCUGUUCUCCCAGCAGCACUUCCUACGACAGCAGGAGUUCCUGUAUCUACAGCAGCAGGCAGCCCAGGCCCUGGAGUUGCAGAGGAGCGCCCAGCUGGUGCAGGAGCGGCUAAAGGCCCAGGAGCACCGUGUGGAGAUGGAGGAGAAAGUGGGUAGACGGAGCCUGGAGGCCGCAGGCAAGGCUAAUCUGACCACCGCGGGCCCUGGGCUGCUGCCUCGGAAGCCCCCAGGCCCUGCGGGUGCCUACAGUAAGAACAUGAGCCCACCGCAGCCCCUGUCCCCCCGUGCGUCUCCUGUGGCUGCCCUGAAGGCCAAGGUCAUCCAGAAGCUGGAGGAUGUAUCCAAGCCACCUAGCUAUGCCUACCCUGCUACUCCCAGCUCCCAUCCCAGCAGCCCGCCGCCCGCCUCCCCACCACCCGCCCCGGGCAUCACCCGCAAGGAGGAGGCACCCGAGAACGUUGUGGAGAAGAAGGACUUGGAGCUGGAGAAGGAAGCCCCUAGCCCCUUCCAGGCCUUGUUCUCAGAUAUCCCACCCAGGUACCCAUUUCAAGCCCUGCCGCCCCACUAUGGAAGGCCCUAUCCAUUCCUACUGCAGCCCACAGCAGCUGCCGACGCCGAUGGCCUGGCUCCUGACGUGCCACUCCCGGCUGAUGGGCCAGAGCGCCUCACGCUCUCUCCAGAAGACAAGCCCAUCCGCCUGUCCCCCUCCAAGAUCCCCGAGCCACUACGGGGACCCCCAGAGGAAGAGACGCUGGUGGAGCGGGAGGUGAAGGCAGAGGUGGAGGACCUGGAUGGGAGCCCCUCGGAGGUACCCCCACUGGGGUCACCGCUGGCACUGUCAACAACUGAGGUCCUACCGGCUCCCAGCCCCGUGCUUGGCAGCGGGGCUGGCCUGCUGGAGGCCCAGGCACUGAGUGCUGGGGCGCAAGGGUGUGCGGAGCCCUCCGAGUGUCCGGACUUUGCAGAGGGACCUGAAGCACCGGUUGAAUCGCCGGGCCGGACAGAACCCUGCUUGGCUAACCCAGACCUGGGGGGUCAGCUGACGCCCGAGACACUAGUGGAAGCCAAGGAGGAGCCAGUAGAGGUGCCCGUCGACAUACCCAUAGGGCAGGCAGUGCCUGAGGAAGGCCUGGCCCUGGCGACUCCCAGUGAAGCUCGACCCAGCCUGGAAUUGGCCGACUGUGACCUGCCUGCUGGGGAAGGGGAGGGCCUGGGUCUGGAGGCCCCGGAGGCCGAGCCUGUGCCCAGCAGCAUCUGCUACCUGGAUGAGGCGGGCUCCGGGCAGUUCCUGCCCAGCCUGGAGGACCCUCUGGCCGGCAUGAACGCUCUGGUGGCAGCAGCAGAGCUGCCCCAGGCCAGGCCCCUGCCAUCCCCAGACACUGGACCCCAGGCCCUGGAGAAGCUAGAGGCAGCCCAGAACUUCGUCCUGGGGCAAAGCUUCCUUCAAGGUAUCACACUGCUGAGUGAGAUCGCAGAGCUGGAAUUAGAGAAGAGGAACCAGGAGGUGGGAGGUGCAGAGCGGGGCAUGGUGGCUCGGCCCUCGCUGGAGAGCCUGCUGGUAGCCAGCAGCCACAUGCUUCAGGAGGUGCUGGAUAGCCCCUUUGUGGACCCUCUCAAGAGCCUGCGGCUGCCCCGUGAGCUAAACCCCAACAAGAAGUACAGCUGGAUGCAGAAGAAGAAGGAACGGAUGUACGCUAUGAAGUCGUCCCUGGAGAACAUGGACGCCCGGGAGCUGGACUUCCGCAUGCGGCUGGCUGAGGUGCAGCGGAGGUACAAGGAGAAGCAGCGCGAACUGGUGAAGCUGCAGCGCCGCCGAGACUCUGAGGACAGGCGCGAGGACCCCCAUAGAAGCUUGGCACGCAGAGGCCCUGGCAGGCCGCGGAAACGGACGCCCACCCUGAGUGCCCUGUCGCCCCCCUGCAAGAGAGGGAAGAGCCGAGACAGUAGCGGAAAGCUGAGCAGCAGCAAGUCCCUGUUGACAUCUGAUGACUUUGAGCUGGGUGCUGGGAUAAGGAAGAGACACAAAGGGGCAGAGGAGGAACACGACGGCCUUAUUGGAAUUGGGAGAGCCCGGGGCAGAAGCCAGCCUUGGGAUGAGCACGAAACUUCAUCUGACUUCAUGAGCCAGCUGAAGAUUAAGAAGAAGAAGAUGGCCAGCGACCAGGAGCAACUGGCAAGCAAGCUUGACAAGGCCCUCUCUCUCACCAAGCAGGACAAGUUGAAGUCAUCGUCCUUCAAGUUUUCGGACAGUGCUGGGGGGAAAUCAAAAGCUAGCGGGGCCUGUAGCAGGUACUUGACUCCUUAUGACAGCCUGCUCAGCAAAGACAGAAAAGCGUUGGCCAAAGGCCUCAGCCUGUCUCUGAAAGCCUCCAGGGAAGGUAAACACAAGAGGGUGGCCAAAGCCACGAAGAUGGAUGUGGGGUUCAAAGCCAGAGCCCUGCCCAAGUCAGGCCACUCCCCGUUCGCCUCAGAAGUGAGCAGCUACUCCUACAAUACUGACUCCGAGGAAGAUGAGGAAUUCCUGAAGGAUGAGUGGUCUGGCCAAGGCCCCUCCAGCUCCAAAUUGACAUCUUCCAUUCUUUGUGGCAUGGUGGCCAAGAACAGCAAGCCAGCAGGAGGCCCCAAGCUGACCAAGCGGGGCCUGGUGGCCUCCCGGACUCUGAAACCCAAGCCGGCCACCAGCAGAAAGCAGUCAUUUUGCUUGCUGCUCCGAGAGGCCGACGCACGUUCCUCCUUCAGUGACUCUUCGGAGGACUCGUUUGACCAAGAUGAGAGCUCGGAGGAGGAGGAUGCAGGGCUCCAGGAGGAGGAGGAGGACGAGGCCAGUGGCGGCUAUAGGCUGGGGGCCCGGGAGCGGGCCUUGUCGCCAGGCCUGGAGGAGAGCGGGCUGGGCCUGCUGGCACGCUUCGCAGCCAGUGCCCUGCCCAGCCCCACCGUGGGUCCGGCCCUGUCGGUGGUGCAGCUGGAGGCCAAGCAGAAGGCACGGAAGAAGGAGGAGCGCCAGAGCCUAAUGGGCACGGAGUUCGAGUACACAGACUCAGAGAGCGAGGUAAAGGUGCGAAAGCGCUCGCCCACUGGGCUGCUGCGGCCCAAGAAAGGACUUGGGGAGCCUGGGGCCAGUUUGGCGGGGCCAGCACCCAGCGCCCGCGGCCCUGCCAGUCCAGAAAAGGCGAAGCUCGCAGCAGAAAAGGGACGCAAAGCACGCAAGCUGCGAGGUCCCAAGGACGCAGGCUUCGAGGCAGGGCCCGAGGUCAGCGACGACGACCUGUGGACGCGGCGGCGCAGUGAGCGUAUCUUCCUGCAUGAUGCCUCUGCCCUCGCGCCCCCUGCGCCCCCCGCAGCCCCUGCGCCCAAGGCUCCACGCUGUGCCAAGGGCGGUGCCCUGAGCCCCCGAAAGGAUGCAGGCCGCGCCCGGGACAGGAAGGACCCCCGCAAGAAGAAGAAAGGGAAGGAGACGGGGUCAGUAGCAACACCACCGCCGCCCCGGGCACCCACCUUGCCCUCCGAGGCCCGGGUCCCUCAUACCAGCUCCCUGGCCACCACCAAGAGGAGCAAGACCAAAGCCCGGGGGAAAGAGGUGAAGAAGGAGAACCGUGGUAAAGGGGGUGCGGUGAGCAAGUUGAUGGAGAGCAUGGCUGCCGAGGAGGACUUUGAACCCAACCAGGACUCCAGCUUCUCCGAGGACGAGCACCUCCCACACGGUGGAGCCCUGGAGCGGCCCUUGACGCCAGCCCCCCGCUCCUGUGUCAUCGACAAGGACGAACUCAAGGAUGGCUUAAGAGUGCUUAUUCCCAUGGAUGACAAGCUGCUGUAUGCUGGGCAUGUGCAGACUGUGCACUCACCUGACAUAUAUCGCGUGGUUGUGGAGGGCGAGCGUGGGAAUCGGCCCCACAUCUAUUGUCUGGAACAGCUGCUACAGGAAGCGAUCAUUGAUGUGAGGCCGGCCUCCACACGCUUCCUGCCCCAGGGGACCCGGAUUGCCGCCUACUGGAGCCAGCAGUACCGCUGCCUAUACCCGGGCACCGUGGUUCGAGGGUUACUGGACCUGGAGGACGAUGGGGACCUCAUCACGGUGGAGUUCGAUGACGGAGACACGGGAAGGAUUCCACUAUCGCAUAUCCGUCUUCUGCCUCCCGACUACAAGAUCCAGUGUGCUGAACCAUCCCCAGCGCUCCUGGUACCAAGCGCCAAGCGCCGCAUCCGAAAAACCAGCAAAGACGCAGGGGAAGGCAAAGACGGGGGCACGGCAGGGGCAGAGGAGCCCAGAACCAAGGCCAGAGGUCGAGGCCGGAAGCCCAGCACCAAGGCCAAGGGUGAUAAAGCUACUGUCCUAGAGGAGGAAGGCCCCACGGAUGAGGUCCCCAGCACCCCAUUGGCCCUGGAGCCCAUCGGCAGCCCCAGUUCCAAGAAAAGCCCCCCUGAGCCCACAGAGAAGCGGCCCAAAGUCCCCAAGGCCCGCCCAUCACCCCCUCAGCCCAGCCCUGUGCCCCCCACCUUCCCUGGCUGCCCGGCUCCCGAGCCCUUUGGAGAGGGGCAUGAGCCCCCUGCGGCCGUGGCUCUCACCAUGCCUGCCACCCGCCCCAAACCCAAGAAGGCACGUGCAGCUGAAGAAGGCUCCAAGGGCCCCAGGAGGCCGGCUGAGGAGGCCGAGCUGUUGAUCAAGUUGGACCACGAGGGCGUGACGUCGCCCAAGAGCAAGAAAGCCAAGGAGGCUCUGCUGCUACGAGAGGACACAGCUGCGGGCGCCUGGCAGGAGCCCAAGGGCCUCCCAAGCCUGGCCGGCUUCCCCCCGGCCACCGCUGGGGAGCUCAAGCCCGGGCGACCCAAGGGCCUGGACGGUGAGCUGGCCCCGGAGUCCGGGCCCGGCUUGCAGUUUGAGGACUCCAGGGGCCCCGAGAGCCCAGAUAAAGGCCAGGCCGAGCAGGACGCGGCCGAGGAGUCGGACAGCAGUGGCGGUAGUGGUAGCAGUAGCAGUAGUAGCAGCAGCAGCUCUGAGACGGAGGGCGAGGAGGAGGGUGGCAAGACUGGCGAGGAAGGCCGAGCUGGUGCGGGCCGGGCCUGUGGUGCCUCCAGUUCCAGGGCGUCGUCUUCUUCCUCUUCUUCAUCUUCUUCCUCCUCCUCCUCUUCCUCCUCUUCGUCCUCUUCCUCAUCCUCCUCAUCCUCCUCUUCGUCUUCGUCUUCCUCCUCUUCCUCCUCCUCCUCUUCCUCCUCUUCGUCCUCUUCCUCAUCCUCCUCAUCCUCCUCUUCGUCUUCGUCUUCCUCCUCUUCCUCCUCCUCCUCUUCGUCCUCAUCCUCGUCUUCAUCGUCCUCCUCCACCACCGACGAGGAUUCCUCCUGCAGCUCUGAUGAAGAGGCCGCUCCAGCCCCUGCAGCUGCCCCCUCAGCCCAGCCUAGCCUCCCCAGCAAAACCUCCAAGCAGGCGGGCAAGGCUCGGACCACCGUCCACUCCCCUGGCAAGAAGGCACCAGCCCCUCAGCCCCCGCCGCCCCCACCGCCCCCUCAGCCUGCGCAGCCCAAGGCCCAGGCUGGGGCUGGGGGCAAGAGCCGGCCCAAAAAGCGAGAGGGCGUCCACCUCCCCACGACCAAAGAGCUGGCCAAGCGGCAGCGACUGCCGUCUGUGGAGAACCGGCCCAAGAUCGCCGCCUUCCUGCCAGCCCGGCAGCUUUGGAAGUGGUUCGGGAAGCCCACCCAGCGUCGCGGUAUGAAGGGCAAGGCACGCAAGCUCUUCUACAAGGCCAUCGUGCGCGGCAAGGAGAUGAUCCGCAUCGGAGACUGUGCCGUCUUCCUUUCUGCCGGCCGCCCCAACCUGCCCUACAUUGGCCGCAUCCAGAGUAUGUGGGAGUCCUGGGGCAAUAACAUGGUGGUCCGCGUCAAGUGGUUUUACCACCCUGAGGAGACUAGCCCUGGCAAGCAGUUCCACGAGGCCCAGCCCUGGGACCAGAAGUCCGGCCGGAGCCUCCCCGCCCUGCAGGCCUCCAGCCAGAGGAAAGACUUCAUGGAGCGUGCCCUGUAUCAGUCUUCGCACGUGGAUGAGAACGAUGUGCAGACCGUGUCCCACAAGUGCCUGGUGGUGGGCCUGGAGCAGUACGAGCAGAUGCUCAAGACUAAGAGGUACCAGGACAGCGAGGGCCUGUACUACCUCGCGGGCACCUACGAGCCCACCACGGGCAUGAUCUUCUCCACCGAUGGCGUGCCUGUACUCUGCUGA